AUGAACGAUGCAAAAAUGCAAAGCCCUGUCUCCAACUUAGGGGUCUUCGGAUCACUCCUAUGGCCUCCCUGGUAUCCUCCAGACCCACUCCUGAUCUCCUGGAAGCUUCCAACCCUGGAUCCAAAACUGGAGAUGCGUGGCGAGCCGCAUGACGUCCUGCCACGUGCUUUGUUCUUCAUCCUUGCCUGGCCCUCCUUCUGCUUUCCUGCCAUCCCCUUCUUGUUUUGUGGGGCCGCAAAACAGAAGCGCCUAGUGUGCGCACCUGGCCACGGUGAGGAGACAGUCCAGGACUUCUACGAGUGGGGCCGCUUCAACGGAUGCAAUGCGACCGCCAACGUCAGCGACACGGUGGAAUCUCACAAAACGACGCGCAUGACCAACUGCACCGCCAACUCAUCCGUGGAGCCCCUCAGCCGUUGA